ACUGUACAUGCUAUCUAUCUAAUCCAUUCAUACCUUGUAAUGUAGCUAGGGGAUUCAUGCCAAAUUUUAUUUAGCAAAAUCUAUUUGUAUUAUUUAAAUCAUGUAAAAUUCACGCUAGAUUUCAAAUAUUUUGUAUUAUUUCCCGAAUGCGUUGUUAUUGUUCAUAUUCACCUUGAACAAUAUGUUGUGGAAGUGGGUUUUGGUGGAUCUUCAGGAUCGUUCAAAACUGCUCCCGGUUCUGGAAGUGGGUUUUGGUGGAUCUUCAGGAUGGAUCAGACUGGGUUUGACAAUGCCCUGGCCCAUCCUGAGGAUCCACUUCCAGAACCAGGAGCGGUUUUGAACAAUCCACAGGAUCCACCAAAACCCAUUUCCAGAAUUUUUGAAGCGAUAAUGACGUCAACAGAUUGGACAUGGUUCUGCUGACAGUCGGUUUAUUGAACAAAAUUGAGCAAAAUUGAAAUUAUGCAUACAUAUCUGUUUAAUAUGUUGAAACAUAAACUAAUUCAUAUUAUUUGUUCAUAUUUUAAAUAUGGAAAUUGGCGUGAGUCCCCUAGUAAUGUAGUACAUUUCAUGUGACGACUCAAUUAUUAUGCAAUAACAAACUAGACCAAAAAUGAGUCCCUUUGUGGGUUCCAACAGACUCUACGCGUAGUGUAUAUUGAUAACGGCAAUGCCAUUCUUUGUUAAAUUCCGCUAAAAACACUUUGACAGGCACAGAAUGAAAUUAAAAAAGUAUGAUUUGAAGUAAUCAAAAAUGUAAUGUAUAAUCAUAUUUGUAACGUUAAAUAUUUGUUUCUUCAUGCUAAGAAUAACAAAGUCCAGCACACGAUCGAUAUGAAUGUAAAAAAUUGAAUCACUUCUUUGUUCAUAAGAACAGCCGACUUAAUAAGAACAGCCGACUUUAUUCCUUCAGUGACAUAAGUCACCAAAUUAAAUAAUUCCUACUAAAAAAUACAAAUCGUUAUCGAAGAAAGCGUUUUAUUUGGCUGUUCUGAAAUUUUGGAUAUAUACUACCCACGUACGGACAACUGUUUUAUCUCGAUUUCCCAUUUUUAUUCCUAACAAUAGCACGUGUCUAGUGUUUUAUAUUGUUGUUGGCAGUUUGAAAAGACUAAAUAAAUUUUGCGAAUAUCCCAUAUUGUUUUAAUUGAAACAAAAUAACUUGAAAUAAUUGAACAUUCACCACAACAUAACGUAAAUGUUCUUCAGUUUGCAAAAAAAAAAUUGCACCGAAACUGAAGAAAACUCUAUUUUGGUCAAAUAAAGAAUCAAAUUGCGUAGGAUUUGUGCGUAUAGACUGAGACAGAGUUUAUAAGUCACAUUAAAAACGAAAAUGCGAUUUGAAUGAAAUUUAUUACCCGAAGCAUCUUGAAACUAAACAACGUCAAUAGGUGUAAAAAUAAUGAGGAAAAUGAAUAAUUAUAUGUAUUUGCUAUAAUAUUUAAAUGAAUAAUAAUUUAUUCCUUCAACGAACUGAAUUUCAUUCAUCAAUAUAAAAUAGUGUUUACGAAGACGGUGAUGAUGUUUGUGAAAGUAUUAGGAUAUGUAUACGUAUGUGAUGAUGUGAUCGCACGGUUAUUAAUUUUUUUUUUAAUUUGGUGCGAUCUUUUGCAUCCACGUCGUAUCCUAUGCUUGGCACAAAAACAGAUACACGGAUAGUAUUCUUCAACGAUGGUAGCGCCCAAAUUUACACUUUAAAUAUUAGCACUUCGAGUGUCGUAUUUUAUUUCACCAUUUUUAUAGAAUCUACGAUCGAAAAAAGUUGUUUAACCAACGAUUAAAACUUAAUUCAAACAGACAUAUUUAAAAAGCUAUACUUACUCUUAAAAUCCUGGCAACGAACACCUACAUCGUCUUUUACAUGCAAAACAAUGCAAGAAUACCAGGCGAAUCGUUAACAUUUUCUAUGACGGAUUUACUGGUCCUGCAUUGAUUGUGAUUAAUCAGCAAUCUUGGGGGCAAAGGAAUACUAAAAUAAGACAUUUUCACAGAAAAUAAUUGAAGCAAUAUACACGGUCCCCAAGAAAAUAGAAUAUUUACGAAUCAACACAACAAUUACGAAAAAUGACUGAUUUAAAUAUUACGCGUGGUCACUCACCCCAUUUUAGUCCGUCUCGUUCAAAUGUACAAUCUGAUGUUCAGACAUUACAUGUACAUCUUCCAAAUCAUGGGUUUCGGAUGAUUCGAUUUGAUGAGGCAUCCGAUGUUCGACAAGUAAUAAAUUUAAUCAUGAGUUCAAUGUCACCAAACCAAAAGACUAAUUCACAAAGCUAUGCAUUACGUUUGCGUCACAUGCUCACAAGAGAGACUUUAUGGAUCCCACCGGACACUUCAAUGAAUGAAGUUAUUUCAUACAUUUCCAAUCCAACUUGUUUUAAUUCAAAAUGUCCUGCUGCUAGUGGAAGUAUAUCACGUAAACAGCAACAAAAAGUCAAUGUGAGCCAUUCUAAUAGUGUGUGGAAAGCCGAACUCCGUGUACGCUACAUACCCGCAGAUUUAAGAGAACUUUUUGAAAAUGACCGAACCACAUGCCACUUCUACUUUGAUCAGGUUAAACAGGAUUAUAUUCACUCAAAUUUGACACAUAUCGAUCAAGAUACAGCGAUUCAAUUAUGCUGUUUGGGUAUUCGACAUUAUUAUAAAGAUACCAACCAAUCUUCCGAUAAAAAACAUCAUGUCGAUUACAUCGAAAAGGAGAUUGGUUUCAGUAACUUUAUACCAAAGUCUGUGAUAGAUACAGUUAAACAGAAAAAUCUGAAAAAACUCAUUCAAACGGGUUAUAAAAAAGUUUACAACUUUACGGAAAUGGAAUACAUGCUCAAGUAUUUCGAGCUGUUAAAAACACAAUACAUUUUCGAUCAAGAGAAAUUUGUAAUUACAUUGGGUUCUGGGUGGAAUAUUCCGGUUGAUUUAAUUAUUGGGCCGCAUGUGGGCAUUUCAUACAUAGCUCAUCCACAAGCGAGUCCGACUCGUGUUACAGAUUUUCAAAAUAUUGAAAGAAUCACAACAUCAACACUACAAACACAAACUGAUAUCGAAUGUAUUAAAAAGCAAGCUUUAGAAGAUCCAAUCACAAAUUCUUGUUCUUGCAACGAAAUGAAAACACUACUUAAAAUAAAAGUCGUUGGUAAUUCGGAUGAUUUAACUAUUACUUGUAAUGGUGCAAAAACAGCAAACAGUAUAGCUGAUUUGGUGGAUGGUUACUGCAGAAUGGUAAACCAUACUGAAACAAGCUAUUGGGAUCGAUAUGCUUCAACCAGCGCAUUGGAAAAAUUUAAUACACGUUUUAUACCACAAGAUGAUUUUCCAGAACUCCCACAGCAAUCUCAGCAAGCGUGUGCAAACAUAGAAAAUACGAAAACUGAAAUGUUACCGGAACAGGAUAUAUCAUUGAAUAUAACUUCACUGAAUACGUCACUAGUAAACCUCAAAUUAGAUACAAAAAUGCCCAUUAUGAGUGAAGACUAUGUUGAUAUUGGUCUAGGAGAAGAAGAGGAAGAUAAUGACUAUUCGCAACCAGCUGUACGCAAUUAUGAACUGAAUAGAUCACAAAUUACUUUAAAUGAGAUUAUCGGUGUUGGACAGUUUGGUGAUGUUCACAUUGGAACAUUUCGGAUGGCACAGAUUCUGAAAGGGACACAAUCCGGUUCUGAGAACUCUAGUCAAAAGAGUGAUAACGAUACUCUAUCAACAAACGAAAAUGACACAGAAAAAAAUAUAUUUCAAAAUGUCGCUGUGAAAACAUGCAAAGCGGAUGCAGAUUUGAUUACGUCUGAAAAAUUCUUAGAAGAAGCUUAUAUAAUGCAAAAAUUUGAGCAUCCUCACAUAAUUCGUUUGAUCGGCAUAUGUAGUGAUGCUCCAAUAUGGAUAGUCAUGGAGUUGGCACGCUUGGGCGAAUUGCGUGCCUAUUUGCGUGCGCAUGCGAAAAAAUUGAAACUGGGAACUCUUUUGUUAUAUUGUUAUCAACUUUCGACGGCGUUGAGCUACUUAGAAUCAAAGAAAUUCGUUCACCGAGAUAUUGCUGCACGUAAUGUAUUAGUCAGUUCCCCUAACUGUAUUAAACUGGCUGACUUUGGAUUAUCACGAUGGGUUGAAGAUCAAUCAUACUACCAUUCGAGUAAAGGAAUGUUACCAAUUAAAUGGAUGGCUCCAGAAUCAAUCAAUUUUCGACGUUUUACUACAGCAUCUGACACCUGGAUGUAUGGAUGUUGCAUAUGGGAGAUUUUAAUGCUCGGUGUGAAACCAUUCCAAGGCGUCAAAAACAGCGAUGUUAUUAGUAAAUUAGAGAAUGGAGAAAGACUUCCUCUGCCAGUUGAUUGCCCACCAAGACUAUACUCACUAAUGUCACAAUGCUGGGCUUAUGAACCUUCCAAAAGGCCAGAUUUCAAAACAAUCAAAGAAACUAUGUACGAAAUUUUGUUGGAGGAACGAGUAAGUGAUUGCGAGACUAUGAAGCGAGAAAAUCGCCGAAUAG